GAUUUUUUUUUAGACUUCACUAAAGGUUAGAGGAAGAGAUCGAGCAACAGUGUCUCCAGGACCUCCAGGCGCUAAUAGAGAACCAGAACUUGGCGUCUCAGUGGCUGUUUAGAGGUUUUAGGUUCUUUACUUUUACCACAUAAUUGUAAUUCGACCCAUUGCAUUAUUUUUGCAUUUGCAACUUCAGUUGACGGAUAAAAACGAUUUAUAAAGGUUUGUGAGAUGCGACUGUCCAGAUCUUUGUCAAUAACAUCAUUAAGUGGACUUCCACUAUGUGAAGAGGAAAGUCUACCUGUGGAAGAUCUCCUGCUCUUUGAGGUCGCGUGGGAAGUAACUAAUAAGGUGGGGGGUAUAUAUACUGUUAUUCAGACUAAAGCAAAGAUCACAGUGGACGAAUGGGGCGAGAACUACUUUAUGAUGGGACCCUACUACGAACACAACUUCAGGACCCAGGUGGAGAAAUGUGAGCCUCCAAGCCAAGCCAUCAAAGCUGCCAUGGACUCCUUGAUAAACAAUGGUUGCCAGGUUCACUUUGGCCGCUGGUUGAUUGAGGGCAGUCCGUACGUCAUCCUCUUUGAUAUUGGGUCAGCUGCUUGGAACCUGGACCGUUGGAAGGGGGAUCUGUGGAACUCAUGCAGCAUCGGGCUGCCCUUUCACGACAGGGAGGCCAACGACUCGCUCAUCUUUGGUUCUCUUGUGGCCUGGUUCUUCAAGGAGUUAACAGACCAACUUCAGGACAAGCCCAACGUAAUCGCUCAUUUCCACGAAUGGCAGGCUGGGACAGGACUUGUACUGUGCCGCUCCCGCCAGAUUCCCCUGGCAACCAUUUUUACCACACAUGCCACCCUACUGGGGCGGUACCUGUGUGCUGGUAGUGCAGACUUCUACAACAACCUGGACAAGUUUAACAUAGAUCAAGAGGCAGGAGACAGGCAGAUCUACCAUCGCUACUGUUUGGAGAGGGCUGCUGUACACUGCGCACAUGUCUUCACCACUGUGUCCCAGAUUACAGCUGUGGAGGCCAAUCACAUGCUUCAUAGACAGCCAGAUGUCGUCACACCAAACGGACUGAAUAUUAGGAAGUUCUCAGCCAUGCAUGAGUUCCAGAACCUGCACUCCAUGAACAAAUCCAAGAUCCAGGAGUUUGUAAGAGGUCACUUCUAUGGCCAUCUGGACUUCAAUCUGGAAAAGACACUGUUCUUUUUCAUCGCAGGGCGAUAUGAGUUUUCUAAUAAAGGAGCAGACCUGUUCCUCGAAUCUCUGUCCAGAUUAAACUACUUGCUAAGGGUUCAUAAGAAUGAUGUUACAGUGGUUGUGUUCUUUAUCAUGCCUGCCAAAACCAACAACUUCAAUGUGGAGUCUCUUAAAGGACAGGCUGUACGCAAGCAAAUGUGGGACACAGCUCAGUCGGUGAAGGAGAAGUUUGGCAAAAAGCUUUACGAGAGCUUGUUAAGGGGAGAGAUCCCUGACAUGAGCAAAAUCCUGGACAGAGAUGAUUUCACAAUCAUGAAGAGGGCCAUUUAUGCAACACAGAGACACUCUCUCCCUCCAGUAACAACUCACAACAUGCUGGAUGACUCCACAGACCCCAUCCUGAGCAACAUCCGCCGAAUCGGCCUCUUCAAUGGACGCAAUGACAGAGUGAAGAUUGUAUUCCAUCCGGAGUUCCUGUCCUCCACCAGUCCCCUGCUGCCCAUGGACUACGAGGAGUUUGUGCGUGGCUGCCAUCUGGGAGUGUUUCCAUCCUACUAUGAACCAUGGGGCUACACGCCAGGUGAGUGUACUGUAAUGGGAAUACCCAGCGUAACCACCAAUCUAUCUGGGUUUGGCUGUUUCAUGGAGGAACACGUCUCUGACCCGUCUGAAUAUGGAAUCUACAUUGUGGACCGGCGAUUCCGUUCUGCAGACGAGUCGUGUAACCAGCUGACUCAGUUCAUGUUUUCAUUCUGCCAGAAGUCGCGCAGACAGCGAAUAAUCCAACGCAACCGAACUGAGAGACUCUCUGACCUGCUGGACUGGCGAUACCUUGGACAGUUCUACAUGCACGCCAGGCAUCUGGCCCUCAGCAGAGCCUUCCCUGCUAAAUUCAAAAUGGACCAUCUCAAUCUCCAAUCGACGCAAGGUUUCCGUUACCCCCGACCCUCCUCUGUCCCUCCAUCCCCGUCGGCUUCCCUCCACUCCACCCCUCACCACAGCGAUGAGGAAGAUGACGACACCUAUGACGAAGACGAGGAGGCCGAAAGGGACAGGCAGAACAUUAAGGCACCUUUCACACUGGGUGCAGAGCCUGAGGGUAAGAGGAAACAACCACUGGAAAAUGGGAAUUGAGAUCCGCACCCUCCUGCUCCUGUAGCUCAGAAAUAUUUACACCUGCUACCCUUUGAGAAUGUGCUACAGUUUUUAAGUGGAUUAUUGAUAUCUCCAAAAAAUGAACAAGAAAAUAUUUUUAACAUACAGGAACAAAAAAAACAUUUUCAUUAUUAGUCUCAGACAGACCACUGUAUGAAAUGUCAUGUAUGUUCCACUAGUGAGAUAUUAGUGGGAAUUAUUAUUUUUUAUUUUUUAAAGCUAACCACUAAAUUUGGUAGAUUGGUGCCAUGACGCUAUAAUAGAGAAAAUGUUGAAAAAAAUGGAUUUACAUUUUUCACUAUAACAUACCUUUAUAUAUGUGACCCUGGACCACAGAACCAGUCAUAAGUCGCACAGGUAUAUUUGUAGCAAUAGCCAAAAAUACAUUUAAUGGGUCAAAAUUAUCGAUUUUUCUUUUAUGCCAAAAAUCAUUAGGAUUUUAAGUAAAGAUCAUGUUUCAUGAAGAUAUUUUGUAAAUCCCCUACCCUAAAUAUAUCAGAAAUUUAUAUAUGCAUUGCUAAGGACUUUAAAGGCUAUUUUCUCAAUAUUUAGAUUUUUUUGCACCCUCAGAUUCCAGAUUUUCAAAUAUUGUCCUAUCCUAACAAACCAUACAUCAAUGGAAAGCUUUCAGAUGAUGUAUAAAUAUCAAUUUCAAAAAAUUGAUGCUUAUGACUGGUUUUGUGGUCCAGGGUCACAUAUUACCAAGAUAAGCAAAAUUUUAAUAGCAACAUUAAUGUGCACAAAAUGUAAAACAUCCCACCCAUGUUUUAUUAACAAGUUGGCAAUUUUAGUGUCCUUGUUAUGUAUGUUACAUGUAAUAACAGUAAAUUAUGCCUAAUUACAAGCAACAAACCCUAAUCCUAUGUUGUUAAUUAAUAUUGCUUUGUACACAAUGGUAUAAUUACACUUUAACAAGGACGCAUUCAAAUAAAGUUCAACCAAAGAAGUCUCACUCACGGUAGUGGUUAUCAGUGCAAAUUUAGUUUAAUUAAUUGAGAAAAAGUUCACAUUCUCAAAUAUGUAUUUUACAGACAAUUCAAUUCACAUGUUGAUUUAACAUGAGAAAAUGAAAGAAAGAAAAAAUCUGUACAGUUAAUUUAUAUUACACAGAAUUUCAAUCAUCAUAAAUAGUAUCUUUUCCAAGAUGAUAUGUCUUGAAAAAACAACCCAUUAUUUCACCUGAAAUAAAACAACAAGAAUCA